AUGGCAAUCUUUGGAGAAGCUGCUCCCUAUUUACGGAAGCCCGAGAAGGAGAGAAUUGAAGCCCAGAAUCGCCCAUUUGAUGCUAAGGCAGCCUGUUUUGUAGUGGAUGAAAAGCAAAUGUAUGUGAAAGGUACCAUACAGAGUAGAGAAGGUGGCAAAGUCACUGUUAAAACAUAUGAUGAUACAACUGUGACCGUAAAGGAUGAUGAAGUCUUUCCCAUGAACCCUCCCAAAUUUGAUAAAAUUGAAGACAUGGCCAUGAUGACCCACCUCCAUGAACCCGCUGUGCUGUACAACCUCAAAGAGCGUUACGCAGCCUGGAUGAUCUACACCUACUCGGGUCUAUUCUGCGCCGCUCUCACCCCUUACAAGUGCCUGCCGGUGUACAACCCAGAGGUGGUGGCUGGCUACCGAGGCAAGAAGCGCCAGGAGGCCCCUCCACACAUCUUCUCCAUCUCUGACAACGCCUAUCAGUUCAUGCUGACUGAUCGUAACAAUCAGUCAAUCCUUAUCACUGGAGAAUCUGGUGCAGGGAAGACUGUGAACACAAAGCGUGUCAUCCAGUACUUUGCAACAAUUGCAGUUACUGGUGAGAAGAAGAAAGACCAACAGCCUGGUAAAAUGCAGGGAACCCUGGAGGAUCAGAUCAUCCAGGCCAACCCACUGCUGGAGGCCUUUGGCAAUGCCAAAACUGUUAGGAACGACAACUCAUCACGCUUCGGAAAAUUCAUCCGGAUUCACUUUGGACCAACUGGCAAGCUGGCCUCCGCGGAUAUCGAAACCUAUCUUCUGGAGAAAUCCAGAGUGACUUUCCAGCUGGCCAGUGAAAGGAGCUAUCAUAUUUUUUACCAGAUAAUGUCCAACAAGAAGCCAGAGCUCAUUGAUCUCCUCCUGAUCUCCACCAACCCCUACGACUUCCCCUACGUAAGCCAAGGAGAAGUCACCGUUGCCAGUAUUGACGACAGUGAGGAGCUGCUGGCGACAGAUAGUGCUGUAGACAUCCUCGGCUUCAGCCCCGACGAGAAGGUGGGGAUGUACAAGCUGACGGGGGCCGUCAUGCAUUACGGGAACAUGAAGUUCAAGCAGAAGCAGCGGGAGGAGCAGGCAGAGCCGGACAGCACAGAAGUGGCUGACAAAGCUGGCUACCUGAUGGGUCUGAACUCUGCUGAUUUGCUCAAGGCUUUAUGCUAUCCCAGGGUGAAAGUCGGGAAUGAAUAUGUAACUAAGGGACAAAAUGUCCAACAGGUAUACAAUUCAGUGGGUGCAUUGGCUAAAUCAGUUUAUGAGAAGAUGUUCCUAUGGAUGGUUAUUCGAAUCAACCAACAGCUGGAUACAAAGCAGCCCAGACAGCAUUUCAUUGGUGUCCUGGACAUUGCUGGCUUUGAAAUUUUUGACUUCAACAGCCUGGAGCAGCUGUGCAUCAACUUCACCAAUGAGAAACUGCAACAGUUCUUCAACCACCACAUGUUCGUGCUGGAGCAGGAGGAGUACAAGAAGGAAGGAAUUGAAUGGGAGUUCAUUGACUUUGGGAUGGACCUGGCUGCCUGCAUAGAGCUCAUUGAGAAGCCCAUGGGGAUCUUCUCCAUCCUGGAAGAGGAGUGCAUGUUCCCCAAGGCAACUGACACCUCUUUCAAGAACAAGCUCUAUGACCAGCACCUGGGCAAGUCCAACAACUUCCAGAAGCCCAAGCCUGUCAAAGGCAAGGCUGAGGCCCACUUUUCACUGAUGCACUAUGCUGGCACGGUGGACUACAACAUCUCUGGCUGGCUUGAUAAGAACAAGGAUCCCUUAAAUGAAACUGUUGUGGGGCUGUACCAAAAAUCAUCCCUGAAGCUGCUGUCUUUCCUUUUCUCUAACUACGCUGGUGCAGAAACAA